GGGGCCCUGACCUGGCCCUAGUUUUCCCGCGUCACCCCCAUCGUAUACCUUUCUCUUCCCCAACUCCAACCCCCCGGCCCCUCCUAUUCCUUGCUUGCAUCAGCCAACAAAGAAAUAGACCCAUUCAAAUCCAAAACUAAGUCUAACAAAAUUCAAACCAAUCCUUAUUUCGUCCAAAUCAUAUCUUCUCAUUCUCAUAUGCCAAGCCCUCAACCAUGUUGCCCUUCCUCUCCCUCCUCCUCCUCGUCCUCUUCAACUUCCUCUCCGUUUCAUUCUCCCAGUCCGAAUUCCCCAAGGGUCUUUUGAUUGAUUGCGGUGCAACUACCAAGUCUACAAUCGACGGCCGGAAAUGGCUCCCCGACAAGGACUUCGUGACCGGUGGGACCCCGAGGAACCUGACCACCCCGGUCCUGGUUCCCUUCCUUUCCACCGUCCGAUCGUUUCCUCUCCGCAACAACCUCCUCAAGAAGUUCUGCUACGUCGUGCCGGUGUUCCGCCGGGCCAAGUACCUGAUCCGGACCACCUACUUCUACGGAGGGAUCAACGGCCGGGAUUCGCCGCCUGCGUUCGAUCAGAUGGUCGACGGGACUUUCUGGAGCGUGGUGAACACCACGGAGGAUUACGCCAACGGCAUGUCGUCCUACUUUGAAGGGGUUUUUGUCGCUCAGGGGAAGACCAUGAGCGUCUGUAUCGGGGCGAACACGUAUACGGAUUCGGACCCGUUUAUAUCGGCGUUGGAGUUCCUGAUAGUCGCCGAUUCGCUCUACAAUUCCACGGAUUUCGGCAAGUUUGGCCUCAGCUUGGUUGCAAGGCACGCUUUCGGGUACUCGGGACCAAUCAUUCGGUAUCCUGAUGAUCAAUUUGAUCGGUUGUGGGAGCCACAUGUGGGAAUUUCUUCUACAGUAGCAGGCAACAGAAAUGUAUCUGUUUCUGCUUUCUGGAAUGUUCCUCCUUUAAAGAUAUUUGAGACAGCUCAGACAACUAAUGGAAUACAACCCAUAGAGUGGAAUUGGCCUCCAGUGUCCCUUCCAAACUCAACAUACUACAUUGCUCUAUACUUUGCCGAUACUCGUAAUUUGAGCUCAAGGGUGUUUGAUAUAACCAUAAAUAACAUAUCAUAUUACCGCAAUUUGAAUGUCACUCCAGCUGGUGCUUGUGUCUUUGCAACUCGGUGGCUUCUUGCUGGUCCUACUAAGAUAACUUUGACCCCUCCUUCUGGUUCAGACAUUGGUCCCUUGAUAAAUGCCGGAGAGGUUUUUGACUUGCUGGUUCUUGGAGGAAGAACUGCUACUCGAGAUGCUAUUGCUUUGAAUGACCUAAAAGAUAGUCUCAAAAAUCCUCCACUUGAUUGGAAUGGUGAUCCUUGUUUGCCCAGCCAGUACUCAUGGACUGGCAUUACGUGCUCUGAAGGCCCCCAGAUUCGUGUGAUCACCUUAAACCUGACAAGCAUGGGUCUCUCAGGAUCGCUGUCACCUGGCAUUGCCAAUAUGACAGCAUUGACUGACAUCUGGCUUGGAAAUAACAGUUUGACUGGACCUAUUCCUGAUCUCAGUUCAUUGAAGAGGCUAGAGACAUUGGAUUUGGGAGAUAAUCAGUUCAGUGGAGAAAUUCCCUCAUCACUUGGGAACAUUAACAGCUUGCGUGAACUUUUCUUACAGAACAAUAAUCUGACUGGUCUAGUUCCAAAUAACCUUGAUGGAAAGUCUGGACUGAACCUUAGAAUUUCUCCUGGAAAUAAUUUUGCAUCUCCUGCUCCUGCGCCUUCUUGAGCAAGUACAUCUAUGAACCCAACAAUAAAGGAGAUUCUGACCAUUCAUCCCUGUAUAGAUAUAUUCCCUUUAAAAAAAAAAACUCACUUUUGUUUCACAAAUUUUGCUGGAAGUUCUUUAUCGCAAGCUGUCCCACUGUGAAAUUGAAAGCCCUCCAUGCUUAAGACUUCUGUAGUUGGGCAGAGACAGCUCUUUGAAGCAAUUUGGAGAGUCCACAAACUGGAUACUCGAAAUGGUUGUUCAUAUUCAGUCGGUCUGAUUCCUUUUUUUGUCAGUUUGGAUCAUGCUUCCAAAAUUUUAUGUGAUUGUCUCCCAAUAGUCAUUUCUUAUUCUUUGAUUUAUAAAUACUUGUCUUGUGUCUGUUAGUGUACUACGAUUUCUUUUUUCUUUUCUUUUCUUUUUUUUCUCCAUACUGGCUCAUGUUUCUGUACUUAAACAAACAACAAUAUUUGUUCAUGUUUUUGUAAUGUGACAUGAUUUGAUUCCCUUGCUGUA